CACUUCCGCUUCACCCACAUGUUAUACACUUGCAGUACAAAAUUAGUUUUCACGAUGAAGAUUUGUGAGAUUUGUAAAGGAGAACCGCCCAAAUAUAGAUGUCCAAAGUGUAAUAUACGUUAACACAAUCUGCAUCUCUCUACAAGAACAGAAGAAAACGAAAAAUGAAAGUUUAGAAGUCACUCAGAAACGUGCUAGAGAAAUGCUGCAGGAAAAUAGAGAAGAGGGUGAGGUAUGGAGUGAUGAUAGUGAUGUAGCUAAGAAGUACGGAGAAGAUGAUGAUGGAGUUGCUUUUGACAAACUUGAAUUAUUAGGUGAAUCACAGGAACUGAAGAUGUUACUAGGAAACCAUCAUCUCCGUAAUCUUAUCAAUCAUAUUGAUGGAGCAGACAACAAAGAGUUAGUGAUGGGGAAAGCUAUGCAAGAGCCUUUAUUCCUUGAAUUUGCUAAUGAAUGUCUCAAAGUUGUGGAAGAAAAAAACACAAUCACACUGCAUUGAUAUAUUGUUUUCAUGAGGUUUAGCAUACUUGAAAAUUUGUAUCAAUUACAUUAAAAGUAGACAGGUGUUGUGUAAAUAGGAUUUGUUCAUUUUGUGACAAUAAAUUUAGUUAAUA